UAAUCCCAGCACCGUGAGGCAGAGGUAGGAGGAUCUCUGUGAGUUGAAGGCCACUCUGAGACUACAUAGUGAAUUCCAGAGACCCCCCCGGCCGCCUUUCUUCCUGUGUUCUUGUGGCUGGGGGGGUAUCCCCUCCUUCCAUAACAUGGAUCCAUCUCCCAUGUCACCCAGUGGGGCGGCACUCCCACUGCCUCUGUCGCUGGCUCCACCCCCACUGCCCCUGCCAGCAGCCGCUGUGGUCCACGUGUCCUUCCCUGAGGUGACCAGUGCUCUCCUGGAGUCCCUUAAUCAGCAGCGGCUGCAAGGUCAGCUGUGCGAUGUGUCUAUCCGCGUGCAGGGCCGGGAGUUCAGGGCUCAUCGGGCUGUCCUGGCGGCCUCCUCUCCCUACUUUCACGACCAGGUCCUCCUCAAGGGCAUGACCUCCAUCUCGCUGCCCAGCGUCAUGGACCCAGGUGCUUUUGAGACUGUUCUGGCCUCUGCUUACACAGGCCGUCUCAGCAUGGCUGCUGCUGACAUCGUCAACUUCCUCACAGUGGGCUCUGUGCUCCAAAUGUGGCACAUUGUGGACAAAUGUACUGAACUCCUGCGUGAGGGCCGGACCGCAGCUGCCACCACCAUCGCUACUGCUGCAGCUACUUCUGUCACUCUCCCCGGGGCUGCGGUACCAUCAGGGAGUGGGGGCACUGUAGCCCCUGCCGUGGGCUCCGUGCGUGCCCAUGCCUCAAGCCGGGCCAGUGAGAAUCAGUCACCCAGCAGCAGCAACUACUUCAGUCCCCGCGAGUCUGCUGAUUUCUCUUCCUCCCAAGAGGCAUUUGCAGCUUCUGCCGUGGGUAGUGGGGAACGCCGAGGAGGUGGCCCUGUAUUUCCGGUCCCUGUGGUUGGCAGUGGUGGUGCCACCUCUGGGAAGUUGCUGCUGGAGGCCGAUGAGUUGUGUGAUGAUGGUGGGGAUGGGAGAGGAGCUGUGGUCCCAGGCGCUGGGCUCCGGAGGCCUGCCUGCAUGCCUGCCACUGUCGUGCCCCAGAAACACUGGGUGUAUGUGAAGCGGGGUAGGAAUUGUCCUGCACCAGCACCUCUGGCUCCCCAAGACCCAGAUCUGGAGGAUGAGGAAGAGGAGGAAGACCUGGUGCUGACCUGUGAGGAUGAUGAGGACGAAGAGCUGGGGGGAGGCUCUGGGGUUCGAGCAGGGGGCGGGCCUGAAACUACACUCAGUAUCAGCGAUGUUCGGACCCUGACUGAACCCCCCGACAAGGGGGAGGAGCAGGUCAACUUCUGUGAGUCCUCCAAUGACUUCGGCCCCUAUGAGGGUGGCGGCCCCGGAGCAGGGCUUGAUGAGGCAGGGGGCCCCACCCCUUCCUCCUAUGUUCCCAGCCACCCUCCCCGACCUCUCCUUCCCCUGGACAUGCAGGGCAGCCAGACCCUGGUUUUCCCGUCCUCUUCCUCCUCCUCACAGGCUCCAGGCCAGCCACCAGGGAACCCAGCAGAACACGGGGCAGUGGCCCUGGGAGGCACCUCGGCAGGGAACCUGACAGUGACAGGUGGUGCUGCUGGGACCCCCGCAGGGUCAGGGAGCGGAGACGGGAAUAAGAUCUUUCUGUGCCACUGUGGGAAGGCUUUCUCCCAUAAGAGUAUGCGGGAUCGGCACGUGAACAUGCACCUCAACCUGCGGCCCUUCGACUGCCCGGUGUGCAACAAAAAAUUCAAGAUGAAGCACCACCUAACGGAGCACAUGAAGACGCACACGGGCCUCAAGCCCUACGAGUGCGGCGUCUGCGCCAAGAAGUUCAUGUGGAGGGACAGCUUCAUGCGCCAUCGGGGACACUGUGAGCGCCGCCACCGAAUGGGCGGGGGCGGGGCGGGGCCGGGAGCAGGACCCGGACCCGGACCCGGACCCGGAGCAUCUACCGGGCCAGCCCUGCAACCCAAGAGAGAGUCCUCUGGAGUGGGCGGGGGCAGUGGCGACGAGACCAAUGAGACCACACCUCCGUCCAACCCGAGGGUCUGGUCCCCACCCAGUGUGCACAAGGUGGAGAUGGAUUUCAGUGGGGGCGGAGGAGCAAACUGAGGGGCAGAUGAUUGGGGUAGCUUUUGUGGAGGAGGGCAGUGGGAGCACGCAGCAGGGCGCUGCGGCCUGUGGGGUUCCCCAGGCUGCUUUCUGUCGUCCUCUGUCUCUAUGGACUUGUAUAUAUAAUGGCGAGGGCACCAUCGCCAGCCGGUUCCCCCCUCAUCCCUUUCCUUCCUCACUGUCCCCGGAACUAAGCCGUCUGGUGGGUACACCAAAGCUCCAGCUCCGUAGAGCAUGGUUAUGGGGCGAAAGGGGGGGGCGUUGUAAGCAUCUGGAAUCACAGGGUCAAGGGGCAGGUUGUGGUGGUCUGUGCCUGAAGUCUGUGUUCGUGUUGUGGGGACUAGGCCUUUGAGUCCCGCUGUGGUCCCGUCCCCUCCCGCUGGAUGCUCACCUGAUUUCCAUACUGUCUCCCACACCGCCCGCGGGGAUCCCUAGUCGGUCCUCAGGAGAGAGCGGGUGGAGACGAGAAGUCGCCUAGCAUAGGUUUUAAUUUCUUUUUAACAAUUAAAAUAUUUAUUGGUCACUUGA